AUAUUUUGUCCAUAUCUGUCGCUGAAGUCGCAUACGUUAAAAACGAAAAGUGAUGAACGGGUUUUUAUUAUUCUAAAAUUGACUAUAAAUUAUCGUAUGUGAUGAUUUUGCGAAAAUUUAUUAUAGAUGGAUGAUCUUGUGAAAUUUAAUAUUAAAGAGGUUAAGUGUGACUUGUUACCCGCCAUAAAUGAAUGUACUCAACGUGGUUUAUUACAUACUACAAAAUGGCUGGCGGAAUUGAAUUAUUCUUUGAAAGAUGUCAAAUUAGAUCUACACGAUGUGACCACGGAUGAUAUUGGUUUGACGGAAUCGAGUGAGGAAGAUGACACGUAUAUCUUAGCUAAAACUUAUUUCGAUUUAAAAGAGUACGAUCGGGCAGCCUAUUUUACAGAAAAAUGUACAACUUCGAAAGCCAGGUUUUUGUAUUUGUAUUCUCGUUACUUAUCAGGAGAAAAAAAGAAAAUAGAUGACAUGACGGAUAUACCACCAGACCCUAUGAGAAAUGACAGUUUAAAAUUACUCUGUGCUGAUUUAAGAAAAGAUCAUUUGGCCGGAAAAUUAGACGGCUUUUGUUUAUAUUUAUUUGGGGUGACUCUGAAAAAACUCCAGCUUACCAGAGAGGCAACCGAAGUUUUGGUUGAAUCGACUCACAAGCAGCCGAUGCACUGGGGUACUUGGUUGGAACUAGCUGCAUUAAUUACGGAUAGGGAAAAAUUAGAAAGUUUACGACUUCCAAAUCACUGGAUGAAACAUUUCUUUAUGGCUCACAUGUAUUUAGAGUUACAACUUAUUGACGAAGGUUUAGCUAUGUAUUGCGAAUUACAGUCAAUGGGUUUUGAAAAGAAUGCAUACGUACUUGCUCAAACUGCUAUUGCCGUUCAUUACAGGAGAGAUGUUGAUAAUGCUAUAAAAACAUUUAAACACAUAAUAAAAGAAGAUCCAUAUUGUCUCGAUAAUAUGGAUACAUAUUCAAAUUUGCUUUAUGUAAAAGAAAUGAAAGUAGAAUUAGCAUAUUUAGCUCAUAGAGCCACAGAAAUAGAUAAAUAUCGAUUGGAAACGUGUUGUAUAGUGGGAAAUUAUUACAGUUUAAGAGCAGAUCAUCAAAAGGCAGUGAUGUAUUUCCAUAGAGCAUUGAAACUUAAUCCACAGUACCUAUCUGCUUGGACGUUACUCGGCCAUGAAUUUAUGGAGAUGAAAAAUACUAAUGGUGCGAUUCAUAGUUAUCGCCAAGCCAUCGAAGUUAAUAGAAGGGAUUAUAGAGCAUGGUAUGGUUUGGGUCAAACUUAUGAAAUUUUGAAGAUGCCUUCUUACGGUUUGUAUUAUUACAAACAGGCACAACUUUUGAGACCUCAUGAUAGUCGAAUGGUUCUUGCAUUGGGCGAGGCAUAUGAAAAACAAGAUAAAAUUCAAGAUGCGCUCAAGUGUUAUUACAAAGCGUGUAAUGUAGGGGAUAUCGAGGGAGUCGCUUUGAUAAAGUUAGCCAACCUUUAUGAAAAGUUGGGUGAACACGAUCAUGCGGCUGCAGCUUAUACAGAUUUUGUAAUGGACGAAUUUAGAAAUGCUGAUAGAACCGAAUUGAGUCACGCUUACAAGUAUCUAACGCAAUAUCAUCUGAAACGAGAACAAUUGGAUCGGGCAAACCAUUAUGCACAGAAAUGUCUUCAAUUCGAUGAAACUAAAGAAGAAGCUAAGGGACUUUUAAGAACGAUUGCACAGAAAAGAGCGAAAGUUGAAGAGAGUUCAAUGGUGGUAGAAGACAUGAAUGAGACGGAUCCGGUAAUCGAACAAGGCGCUAGGACCGAUGCUACACCGGGAAAUCAAUUGUCACCAAUGAAUUUAUCCUUCACACCUACUCCAUAGUUUUUCAGUUUCAAGCCGAAUAAUUUCCAUCGUCUUCCCAUGUUUUUCCAUCCUGUUAGAUCAUCCCUAAUCUCAUUAUAGCAAGCCAGUAUAGUUCCUAUGAUUCUCGUUAUCUCUAUGUUUCUUCAACUAUCAAGGAGGAAAAGCUUAUUCUAAAACUGGUCAUGCAGGAAGAUGGAGGUAGAUAUAAAGAAUUCCUCAGGCGAAUCAUUUGCUUUUUGUUCAUCGAAUUUUUCUAUUGAUUAUUUGAUAGUUGGAAAUCUUUACAUUAUUGACAAUGGAUAUUUUCCAAAUCUUCAGGCCACGAUCUAUUCUCAAAGUUUCAGAAAUUGUUAUUUCUCCCAUCUUUCACAGUUUUUUUUUCUCUCCGAUCGUUUCUUUCCCAACAUUUUAUUUGUAUCUCAUAUCUUUCAUGAAUAGGUAAACUUUUCAUUGCGAAUAUACAACGAUCCAAUAAAUCUUAGUGGAAGCAUGUUUUUUUUGUGUCAUCAAGUGUGAAGGAAUUAUUAUUCGCAUUGUUGAACGAUGAUUGUGCCGAGGCCGGUAUGGCUUUACAAUAAAACUUUGACGUUUCUCUCUUUUCUUGUUGCAGUGAUGAUCGGAUUACCAGGGAAGAAUUAUUGUUGGCACUCGUUGUAGUGCUCGUUUUCCGAAAAUAGACAUUAAUUCUAAAUUAGAAAAAUGUUUAAAUUAAUAUAUAGAAUGUGUCUCGUAGCUUCGGGGAUCGGCGGUAAAUUUUGUGCAUGAAAACAACAACAACAAAAAUUCAUCAUUCGCGAGAAUAUUAAAUAAGGUUUUCGAAAAAUCCGAAUAAUACUUAGAGAAAACUUAGAGAAAAGGAGAAAUUUGCUAUAACUCGAAAAAAAUGUUAAAUGAGGCAUAUGUUUACAGGAACUUUUUGUAUUAUUUUAGUAUACAGAAUUCACCGCUGAAGCAAUUUCCCGAAGCUAAGGGAUAACUUGUAUUUAAAUGGAUUAGAAUUUUGUUUACUUACAAAGGGUGCUUCGAUCACUGGGCGCCUGAGAUUUUUUCGAGAAAUAGCUUUUUUCUGAAUACUUUGUUCACUUUGCAUCGACAUUACUGUUUGCGUUUUCUUUUUUUUUUUUUUUUUCAUUAAAAUCAGUUGUGCGCGCGUUAGAGUAAAAAAAGUAAAGUAAAAACGCGUAUUCGGUGUUAA